AUGAGCAGAUUCAGGUGGGACAUCCAAGCGGGAGAUCAUCGCCACCAUUGGCAUCAGGCAUAUCUCGAAUCAAUCAUCCAGUUCCAGUCGACAACACCAUUGUCCGCAUCGGAGCGCACCCAAGCCAGUUCAAAGUUCCGUAGUAUCAUCGACCACUUUGAAGCGGCAAAUCCAGGCCUGGGCGGCCAGCCGUACAACCCCCUGAGGCUUGUGCAACUCACGUAUGAGUACGCACGGUCAGAAGAGUCCCGGGACGUAUUUCUCCAGGCAUUUUUUCAAACGGCGAACAUUGCGAUCGAUGAUGAUGCUUUUGACUUGAGUGAGAGAGACCUUGAGGCUUCUGUGGCCUUGGCAGUCUCCGAGUUUGCGGAUUUUCUCGUUGACAGCUUCUUCCUACCUUUGAGAGCAUCGACGAAGCAGACGCCACAGCCCUCUCCAGCAAUCCACUCUGCAAUUCAACGAGCCCAGGGCGGUGGUGUGCAAGACUUCGUAGUCAGUCGUCAGUUUGACCGGAAGGAAUUUCUGAGGAGGUAUCAGCAAGAUGGAGCAGCGGCCGUAGACGACGAUGGGGACCUCCUUCAAAACGAGCCCAAUCUCACAAGUCUCGAAGUAGCGCAUAUCAUGCCCCACUCCCUGACGCAACCAGAGGCAGAUGGCAGUUUGCAUCCCUUUAAACAGGCAGCGCUUGACAUACUUAACAUGUUCGACCACGGCGUCCUUCAUCUUAUCGAGGGCGAAAAUGUCGACAAGCCACGCAACGCGCUCUCUCUCAGCCAUGACGUGCAUGAGCUCUUCGGCGAGUUCGAGAUUUUUUUCCAGCCUGUCCCAGACACGCCUCACACGUAUCGUAUCGACACAUUUCAGCCGCCACCUGUGCUACGAAAUUUUCUGCCAACUACACGAACGCUUACUCUCGCGGAAAACUGGACCAUAGACCCGCCUUCCCGACGGUUGCUAGAGCUUCAUAACUCUAUUGCACAAAUCCUUCACCUUUCCGCGGCUGGCGCCUACAUAGAUAAAGUGCUCGACGACUUGGAUAAGAGGGUGGCCGCCUCUGAUGGGACGACGGAAUUGGGCCAUCUCGUGGCUCUUAGACUGGGCGGUUGGUUAGAUGGAAGCAUCCGUGCUUCUUAG